AUGGAGAGACGACAACUGUAAAAGAAAGUAGGCUACUUGGCAGAUCAAACUGGACAACAGACAGGUGUAACUGUUUUCAGGAUGACUGGUUACUUACAGUUUGCAAGAGUCUAACCAUUGUGAGAUGGUCAUGUAAAAGAAAAGACAAACCUCACAUUACUGUCACCACUGUAACCUGUGUGAAGUUUAACUCGAACUGGUCAGAUGGCUGGGACACAAGCUGCUGUGCUUCCAUCCUUCAGCUCCUUCUCAAACUUUGUUCACUCUGAGGACAAUAUGAAGGAGUGGAAAUUUGAGGAUGGCGCUCUCAGUCUGGACUCUCAAACCAAGAGGACGUCACCUGGCAACACCAGUGACCAGCAGCCAGUUCUUCCUCACCUGGACGAUGAAAGUGAAACCUCAUGGGACAUGGAGUUCUUGUUGUCUGACUGGAGCAGCCCGUCACCUGACCUGAACCCCUCUCUGGACUACAACACUCAGCAUCUUCUUCAACCGGACCAAACUGGACUCGACCAUGAUGGAGGAGGGGUGUUGACGGACCAAAUAAGUCCAGACAGGCUUCAUACAGGCAGCAGUAGCCUGAUGGUUGAGCUGCUCACCCCUUAG